AUGCGGUCAUCGGAGCCCAGGAAUUCAACAUGUUUGGCAUACCGUGAGUUUUUCAAUAAGAGUGUUGUAGGAGUAGUUAAACGUUCUGAAAAUAGGUAUGUCGGAUCGGACAUCUGCGGAUUUAUCGAAACGCCUUCGGAAGAACUCUGCCUAAGAUGGCAGCAAGCAGGCGCAUUCCACUCCUUCAUGAGGUGCCUAAUUGUCAGUUCUCUUUUUUUAAAUUUGUUUCUUCUUCUCCUAAACGACACUAACUUCAAAGCAAGACAGUUCAAUGAUAAGUAG